UACUCGGUCAGCAACGGCUACCGUCACACUGCCUAAAACCUGGGAAAUCACAGAGCCUGACUAGAGUGCCUCCACUUUACUACAGUUUCCAUAUUCAUAAAUUUGGAAGAGGAAAGAAAACAAACUCCCAAUUCCAACUUCAUAUUUCUGCUCUUCUUUCACAGGCUUUCGUUUAAUGAAGGGUUUAAAUGAGAAAAAGAUCUCCUCAAUGUGUAAAACUUCUGUCCUCUGGAAGCCAUAAUCACUAUGUAAUAAAGGAAAGACAAAGGGUGCUAUUUCUAGAUGUCUACAGUGGGCAAUCCUGCAAACAUAUUCUGGCAUGAAAAUCCAGUCGGUAAGGCUGAAAGGGAAAAGAUGCUUAACCAACAGGGAUGUGUUGUGUGGAUCACGGGUCUCAGUGGAUCAGGAAAAAGCACACUUGCAUGUUCCCUAGGUAGAGAAUUGCAGACAAGGGGAAAGCUUUCGUACAUUCUUGAUGGUGACAACCUUAGGCAUGGUCUGAACAAGAAUCUUGGGUUCUCAGCAGAAAGCCGUGCUGAGAAUAUACGUAGGACUGGGGAAGUUGCAAAGCUCUUCGCGGAUGCUGGAUUAAUUUGCAUUGCAAGCCUGAUAUCUCCUUACAGAAAAGAUCGAGAUGCUUGUCGUGUUCUAUUGCCAGAUAAAAAGUUUAUUGAGGUUUUUCUGAAUAUGCCCCUACAAUUGUGUGAAGAAAGAGAUCCAAAAGGCCUCUACAAGCUAGCUCGUGCAGGAAAGAUCAAAGGUUUUACUGGAAUAGAUGAUCCUUAUGAACCACCUUUGAAUUGUGAGAUUGAAAUACAACAAAAAGAUGGAUUAGUUCCAGCACCACAUGAAAUGGCUGGGCAAGUAGUCUCUUAUAUGGAGGACAGAGGCUUUUUGGAAGCUUAGUAAACGUGCCGUGCUUGCUGCAGAUAACAAGAAAAGACUCAGCAGAUGGAUAUUGCCGAGAAUUUUUAGUUCUCUCCAUCUGUUUCUACCAUUACAUUUGCUGUUUGAUAUCAUCACUAUCUAUGUGUUACUCAGAUGAUGAAUAUGCUACCUGUCAAUUUGCCACUUUCUUGAAGACAAUGUUGAAUGCCAGAGUCUCCUUAUAAGUUGAAGGUUUUUCAAGCAGAGAAAACAAGAAAGUCGGCAUUCCAUGUUUUUAUGGAGAAGCUACACUACCUAGAAGAUAUUC